CCUCUCUCAUGACCUAGGCUACACCCAUAGCCUGCUGUUCACCCUCAUGUUAGCGACAAAAACAGUCCCUCUCUCUCUUCCUACACACUCACGCCGUGGACGGUGGCAUUCCGAGUACAGAGAAGGGGGAGGGGUUUCACCGCCCUUAUCUCACCGUUCCAGCGCAACACUCUUCCUGCAAACAACGUCCACACUGCACGGGGCGCUUCGCUCACACACCAGCAGCACGUCGCCACAGCUGCAGCAGCGCCGCUCCGUCUCAGGGGGCUGUGGGAGAUCCGAGUGAACAGGGAAGCAGAGCCACGGGGAGUCGGGGACCCAGCAGUGCGAGGCUUGGCAGGAGUCAGGACACACACACACCGAGCGAGCACCGGGGGGGGGGACACACCGAGAGAAGAGGAAGAGGGGAGGGAGGCACCUGCUGAAGCUGUGAAAAGACACAACUCUCUCAUUCCCCCUCACUUCCGCGUUAAGAUGGCUGACCGCGAGCAGGGCAGCGACGGAGAGAGCUCGAGCACCGGGGGAUCCGAGCGGCGGGAGAGUGGGGCCGCGAGGGGCUUCGCCCGCCAAGGAGCCCUGCGCCAGAAGAACGUGCACGAGGUCAAGGACCACAAGUUCAUUGCGCGCUUCUUCAAGCAGCCCACGUUCUGCAGCCACUGCACGGACUUCAUCUGGGGUUUCGGGAAGCAAGGUUUCCAGUGUCAAGUGUGUUGUUUCGUGGUUCAUAAACGUUGUCAUGAGUUCGUCACCUUCUCCUGUCCGGGGGCCGACAAGAACGCAUCAGACGACCCGAGGAGUAAACACAAGUUCAAGGUCCAUACCUACUCCAGCCCUACGUUCUGUGACCACUGUGGAUCCCUUCUCUACGGACUUAUACACCAGGGCAUGAAAUGUGACCACUGUAUGAUGAACAUCCAUAAUCGGUGUGUGUCCAACGUCCCCAGUCUGUGUGGAACAGACCAUACUGAGAGGAGAGGACGCAUCCAGAUCACCGCAGACGUCAAGGAUGACCGACUCACCGUCUACAUCCAGGAGGCUUGUAACCUGGUGCCUAUGGACCCAAACGGUCUGUCUGACCCCUACGUGAAGCUCAAACUCAUCCCCGACCCCAAGAGUGGCACCAAGCAGAAGACCAAGACCAUCAAGUGCAACCUCAACCCCACCUGGAACGAGACAUUCACGUUUCCUCUGAAGGACUCUGAUAAGGACCGGCGUCUGUCGGUGGAGAUCUGGGACUGGGAUCUGACCAGCAGGAACGACUUCAUGGGAGCGCUGUCCUUCGGCAUCUCAGAACUCCAGAAACAAGGAGUGGACGGAUGGUUUAAGUUGCUGUCCCAGGAGGAGGGAGAGUACUUUAAUGUUCCCGUCCAACCAGACGGAGAAGACGGCAACGAGGAACUACGACAAAAGUUUGAGAGGGCUAAGAUUGGUCCUGGGAAGAACACAGAUGGGUCUUCCUCUAACUCCGUCUCUAAGUACGAUAGCAACGGUAACCAGGACCGCGUCAAACUGACAGACUUCAACUUCAUCAUGGUGUUGGGCAAGGGCAGCUUCGGGAAGGUGAUGUUAGCAGAGCGUAAAGGAGCAGAUGAGCUGUAUGCCAUAAAGAUCCUGAAGAAGGAUGUUGUGAUUCAGGAUGAUGAUGUGGAGUGUACCAUGGUUGAGAAGAGAGUCCUGGCCCUGUCAGGGAAACCUCCCUUCCUCACGCAGCUCCACUCCUGCUUCCAGACCAUGGACAGGUUAUAUUUUGUGAUGGAGUAUAUCAACGGAGGAGACCUCAUGUAUCAGAUCCAGCAGGUCGGCAAGUUCAAGGAACCCCACGCUGUGUUCUAUGCUGCAGAGAUUUCCCUCGGCCUCCUCUUCCUCCAUUCCAAAGGCAUCGUUUACCGGGAUCUGAAGCUGGACAACGUGAUGCUGGAUGCAGAGGGCCACAUUAAGAUAGCUGACUUUGGGAUGUGUAAAGAGAACAUGUUAGACGGUGUCACCACCAAGACCUUCUGUGGGACCCCCGACUACAUCGCUCCUGAGAUCAUAGCGUACCAGCCCUAUGGGAAGUCCGUGGACUGGUGGGCCUUUGGAGUUCUGCUGUAUGAGAUGCUGGCAGGACAGCCUCCGUUUGAUGGUGAGGAUGAAGAUGAGUUGUUUCAGUCCAUCAUGGAGCAUCACGUCUCCUACCCCAAGUCUAUGUCCAAGGAGGCUGUCGCCAUCUGCAAAGGGUUGAUGACUAAACACCCAGGGAAGCGUCUGGGCUGUGGUCCGGAGGGGGAGAGGGACAUAAAGGAACAUGCCUUCUUCCGCUACAUGGACUGGGACAAGCUGGAGAGCAAGGAGGUCCAGCCGCCCUUCAAACCCAAAGCUAAGAACCGUCGGGACACAGGGAACUUUGAUAAGGAGUUCACUAAGAUGGCGGUGGAACUGACUCCUACAGACAAACUGUUCAUAAUGAACCUCGAUCAGAACGAAUUCCAGGGAUUCUCCUAUACCAACCCAGAGUACAUCAUACAGGUCUAACCCUAUAGAUGAAAUAACAUGAUGCACACCAACCCAGAGUACAUCAUACAGGUCUAACCCUAUAGAUGAAAUAACAUGAUACACACCAACCCAGAGUACAUCAUACAUGUUUAACCCUAUAGAAUAUAUGUCCAGCCAGCCAGUCAUCCAGCCAUCCGGCCAGCCAGCCAGCCAGCCAGCCAGCCAGCCAGACCAAGCCUUCACCCCACACCUCCAAUCCUGAGAACUGUUAGUCUACUAGUUCACCCCAACAUGGACUGUACCAACACUAGUUCACCCCAACAUGGACUGUACCAACACUAGUUCACACCAACAUGGACUGUACCAACACUAGUUCACCCCAACAUGGACUGUACCAACACUAGUUCACCCCAACAUGGACUGUACCAACACUAGUUCACCCCAACAUGGACUGUACCAACACUAGUUCACCCCAACAUGGACUGUACCAACACUAGUUCACCCCAACAUGGACUGUACCAACACUAGUUCACCCCAACAUGGACUGUACCAACACUAGUUCACCCCAACAUGGACUGUACCAACACUAGUUCACCCCAACAUGGACUGUACCAACACUAGUUCACCCCAACAUGGACUGUACCAACGCUAGUUCACCCCAACAUGGACUGUACCAACACUAGUUCACCCCAACAUGGACUGUACCAACGCUAGUUCACCCCAACAUGGACUGUACCAACACUAGUUCACACCAACAUGGACCAGAACCAGAACCAACUCCACCUGGAACCAACUGUACCAACAUCACUACAUUCCUCUGUUCCUGCUGAAUGGUUUAGUGUAACCCAACAGAACCAGAACCAACUGGUCUGAAGAGGUUUCAAGAGGAGCCAGGAGAGACUGGUUCUCUUCCGGAAUGUUCUUCCAUUCAUCUGUUUAGUCUCUGAACUGUCUGGCCUGUUCACUAUGUAGUGGUAACCGUGGGAGAUGACUAAAACCAGAACCGUGCAUUUAGAGAGGUGGGCCAGCUUCUAGAAUGUUGAAUGUUGUUCUAAUUCUAGACAUUCACUUACAUGGCCUUGUUGAAAUAUUCCCAAUGUAAUGUUAAUGGAGUGCUAACAUGGCUUCCAUAGAAUGUUAAAAGGGGUCGUGUAAAUGCAUCAUGAUGCUCAUUCUAGACGUUCUAUUCCCCCAUGUAAUGUUGAUGGGGGAGCAAGCAACUCUAAACACAUGGCUCUGGCUAAAAGUAGUGGACUGUAUAGGCGGUAGGGUGUCAUUUAGGACGUGGCCUGUUCAGUGUGCUUGUUUACAUGUGUUCUCCUCUUCGCCCUGUAACGUGACGUCAUCAGUGUUCUAGAACUCAUGUGUUAUUGUUCUAGAACGCAUGUUUUAGAGUUCUAGAACUCAUGAUCCAGUGUUUUAGAACGCAUGUCUUAGUGUUCUAGGUUGGAACUCAUGGCGUCCCCAGUCUUAGAACACGUCUGGUCUUCCGAACUCGAUGCAACAAAAAAAACCUGUCUGACAGAGAGAGAGGUUUGAUCUGAUCUGUAGACUGCUGCAGUGCGAGACUCUCUCUCUCUCUCUGUCCCUCUUUCUCUCACUCUCUCCCUCUCUCUCCCCCUCUCUCUUUCUUGCUUCCCCUUCUUCCUUUUGAGUGAGUGAGAGUGUGUGGGUCUGUUUUUCUAAUAUUUGAACCAGCUUCCCUAUGCAUGCAUUUAGUUCUAGCUAACCCCUCCCCACCCCCAUUAUAUUACAGCCCUUACUUACCAAUGAACUACGGGACCGUCAGUAACCACGGUAACACUUUACCUAACUACUGAUGGUCAGGUGGGUUGACUUAAACUACAUAACUAACUAGUAAAUAUGAGGUAUGAAGAGAGAUGUCUAUAUUAUACUGUGUAUAUUUAUCUACCUGUAUGUACUGGUAUCUCAAACGGCAUCCUAUCCCCAUAGAGCUCUGGUCAAAAGUAGUGCACUAUAUAGGGAACAGGGAGCCAUUUGAGACACACUUUAUGUGUGUGU